GUAGGCUUUUUAAAAAAGAGCCAGAAGCUUCAAUGUUGGAUGCCGUGCUAUGACAACGUCACUGCUCCUCCGUCCUCGCUGGGUCGACCCCUCGGUGAUGUUCCUCUACGACAACGGCGGCGGUUCCGAUGAAGUGAGUAAGAACAUGGAGGGUUUCGCUGGUGGCAACUUUGCUGCAAACCAGUGCAGGAAUCUGAUGGCACACCCCGCGUCCCUGGCACCAAGCUCGUCUUACUCGUCCAGCGACGUCCCCACCUCCGGCAUGGGCGAACCGGUGAAGCAGUGCAGCCCGUGUUCCGCGGCUCAGAACUCCUCCAGCGCCUCGCUGCCGUACGGGUACUUCGGUAGCGGAUAUUACCCGUGCAGGAUGUCACAUCACAGCAGCAUAAAGUCGUGCGGAGCGCAGCCCCCCUCCGCGUACGGGGAGAAAUACAUGGACACGUCCGCCUCCGGUGAAGAUUUCACCUCUCGGGCGAAGGAAUUCGCUUUCUAUCCGUCUUACCCUACAGGUCCGUACCAACCUGUGCCCAGUUACCUGGACGUUCCCGUGGUACCAACGAUCAGUGCGCCUUCGGAGGCCAGGCACGAGUCCCUGCUGCCUAUGGAGAGCUACCAACCGUGGACUCUGGCUGCGAACGGGUGGAACAGCCAGGUUUACUGCGCCAAGGAGCAGCCCCAGCCUGGACACAUCUGGAAACCUCUUCCAGACGCGGUGUCCCACACCGGAGGAGACUCGGGCUCGUACCGACGUGGACGAAAGAAGCGCGUGCCAUACACCAAGGUGCAACUGAAGGAACUCGAGCGCGAGUACGCCGCCAAUAAAUUUAUCACGAAGGACAAACGGAGGAGGAUAUCAGCGCAGACCAACCUGUCCGAGAGACAGGUGACGAUAUGGUUUCAAAAUAGACGCGUAAAGGAGAAGAAAAUUGUGAACAAAUUGAAAACCAUCAGCUAGUCUCUCCGUGACGUGAUGGACAGCGUGGAGACUAACUGUAAAAGCGCGUGCGCGCGCUGCGCAAUGCGCACUCACUUGGACACCCGGAUUGGAACAUUUCAAUCGCUUCCUGACUCAACACGAUCCAUUUGUAUGUUGCCAGAUGAUUUUCCGGAGAUUCUGGAAGAAAACUGGACCAUUUAUGUCCAAAAUGUCUUGUAAAAUACCGAGUCAA